AUGGCUGAAUUCUUGCUACCUGGUACCAACAACUUCCGUAGGUUCACUCAGGAAUCCUUGGCAGCAAUCAAAAAGAGAAUUGCUGCCAAAAAGAAUUGUCGAAGAAAUACCAUAGAGCAGAAACCUAAGGAGAAACCACGUCCUCAACUUGACCUGAAAGCUUUCCAGAAGUUGCCAGCUCUCUAUGGAAAUCCUCCUCCAGAGCUCAUUGGGGAACCACUGGAGGAUCUCGACCCAUACUACAAAGAUCACAAGAUUUUCAUAGUGCUAAACAAGCAGAAAACAAUCUACAGAUUUACUGCUACACGUGCCCUGUGGAUCUUCAGUCCCUUCCAUCCAAUACGAAGAAGAGCAAUUAAAAUUUUAGUACAUUCACUGUUCACCUGGUUUAUCAUGUGCACCAUUGUAACUAAUUGUGUAUUCAUGGCUCUGACAGAGUCAUCCAAGUCUUCAUCAUCUUCAUGGAACACAUAUGUUGAAUUUACUUUCACUGGCAUUUACACUUUUGAAUCAUUGAUAAAAAUAUUGGCAACAGGAUUCUGUCUAAAUGAAUUCACUUUCCUUCGGGAUCCCUGGAACUGGUUGGAUUUCACCGUUAUCGUCAUGGCGUAUGUGGGAGCAUUUAGUGACUUGGGGAGUGUGUCAGUCCUCAGGACUUUCAGGGUUCUCAGAGCUUUAAAAACCAUUUCAGUAGUCCCAGGGCUCAAGAUCAUUGUAGGAGCACUUAUCCAGUCUGUUAAGAAACUUGCUAAUGUGAUGAUCCUGACUGUUUUCUGCCUGAGUGUUUUUGCCCUCAUAGGCCUCCAGCUUUUUAAGGGCAAUCUCAGGCAAAAGUGUAUCAGGAACACGACAGAGUUUUGUAAUAAAACAUGGGAAAGUUAUGAAAAGUUUGUUAAUGAUUCAGAUGACUUUGCUAGGAAAAAUGGUACAGUGGAUAUUUUGCUGUGUGGUCCUGGUGCUGGAGACUGUCCUCCUGGCUAUAAAUGCUGUAAAAUUGGGCCAAAUCCCGAUUAUGGUUUCACCAGUUUUGAUACAUUUGGCUGGGCUUUUCUUUCCUUAUUCCGCCUGAUGACCCAGGACUGCUGGGAGCGUCUGUACCAACAGACCCUCAGAGCUUCUGGGAAGGUGUAUGUAGUCUUCUUCAUGAUGGUCAUCUUUCUGGGCUCAUUUUAUCUAGUCAACUUGAUUCUGGCUGUAGUAACCAUGGCAUAUGAGGACCAGAACAAAGCCACCAUUGCUGAAACUGAGGCAAAGGAAAGGAAAUUUCGAGAAGCUAUGGAACUACUGCAGAAGGAGCAAGAGUCGUUGGGUAUUAAAGGGAUUGAUAUCCUGUCACUUAGCUCCUUUGAGGCCUCUUCUCUGUCACCCAAAGAAAUCAAAGAAAGGAGCAAUAGGAAAAAGAAAAAUAAGUCAUUGGGGAGAGAAGAUAAGGAGGAAGAAGAACUCCCCAAGUCACAGCUCCCAGACAGUCAACGAAAGUUGCCAGCUGUGCACGAUGAGAGCAGCAUGAUGCAUUUACCUCCUCAUCUGUCAGCGGAGUACUUUAAUGAGGCUUUUCAGAGACAAAGGGCAGCAAGUGUAGUCAGCAUAAUUACCAGUGUCUUGGAAGAACACGAAGAAGCUCAGCAGAAAUGCCCACCACGCCUGAAGAACUUUGCUUUAAAGUAUCUAAUUUGGGACUGUUGCCCACUUUGGUUGAGACUCAAGGAAAAAGUGGCUGCUUUUAUAAAGGAUCCUUUUUUUGAUCUCACCAUCACGAUUUGCAUUGUGAUGAACACUUUGUUCAUGGCACUGGAGCACAAUAAUAUGUCACCUACUUUUAAAUUCAUGCUUAAAAUAGGCAACUUGGUUUUUACAGGAAUCUUCAUUGCAGAAAUGAUCUUAAAAGUCAUUGCUCUAGAUCCCUAUUACUAUUUUCAGCAGCCCUGGAAUAUUUUUGACAGUGUCAUUGUCACACUGAGUUUAAUUGAACUGAGUUUCCCCAAAAACAAAAACAAGAAGGAAAGGCAAAAAGGAGGAACCCUGUCAAUUUUACGAUCCUUCAGACUGCUGAGGGUCUUCAAACUGGCAAAGUCCUGGCCAACUUUAAACACUCUAAUUAAAAUAAUUUGUAACUCCCUGGGAGCACUGAGUAAUCUGACCCUCGUCCUGGCAAUCAUCAUUUUCAUUUUUGCUAUAGUAGGGGUGCAACUUUUUGGGAGAAGUUAUGCGCUCAACUGCACUAAAAUAGCCAAAGACUGCAAGCCACGCUGGCACAUGAAGGACUUUUUCCAUUCAUUCCUCGUCAUUUUCCGAAUUCUGUGUGGAGAAUGGAUUGAGACCAUGUGGGACUGCAUGGUGGUGGCUGAACCAUCACUGUGUCUUGUUGUCUUUCUGCUGGUCAUGGUGAUGGGAAAUUUAGUGGUUCUCAACCUUUUCAUUGCACUGCUGCUGAGCUCUUUUAGUGCUGACAGUCUCCAGACAACAGAGGAUGAUGGAGAGAUGAACAAUCUUCGGAUUGCCUUCGCUCGCAUCCGCAAGGGAUUCCACUUUGCCAAGAGCGUGACGUGGGAUGCCUGCUGUAGGAAGCUCAGGCAGAUAAAGAAAGUGCACAGGAAGAAAAUCAAAUUGACUGCACAGAACUCAUUUGGGUUCAAGAGUGAAGAGAGAAAAAGUUGUAAAGAGAAUUACAAUAAUGAAUGGAUUGAGAAAAACGGGGACAAAUGCCCAGGUCUUGAAGAUUUUGUUAGACACCCCAACAUAUUUGUUUGUGUCCCUAUUGCUGAGGCAGAGAAUACAAGUGAGGGUUUUGAAGAUGAUGAUAAAAUGAGCACAUUUACUGACACAGAAUGCAGCAAACAGGAUGAAAAUCACCUCAGGCAAAGGGGAGACAGAGCAAAAAAUUCGGGCAGCUCGAGUAAAGCAUCAGGAUUUUCCUCUGAAGAAUUCAGUGUGCUUUAUCUAGAAAAGGACAGGAAGAGUGAACUCUCAUCACCAGAAGGAAAAGAGUUGGACACUGUCAGCUCUUCUGAAGUCAGCACAGUGGAUCUCACAAAUCCUGAAGAUGUUUUAAAACAGAUUCCAGCAUUUUCUGAAGACUUAAAGUCUCCAGAACAAUGUUUUCCAGAAGGCUGUGCUCGGUACUUUCAGUGUUGCCUGGGUAGGGCUGCCAAGUUUGGAGGAGAAACCUGGUGGAAUCUGAGAAAAACCUGCUACCAGAUUGUUGAGCAUUCUUGGUUUGAAACCUUUAUCGUGUUCAUGAUUCUUCUGAGCAGCGGAGCCCUGGCAUUUGAAGACAUCCAUUUAUAUAAGAGACAAAGAAUUCAAGCAGUAUUGUUAUUUCUUGACAAACUGUUCACUUUCAUUUUUGUUCUGGAGAUGCUCCUGAAGUGGGUGGCUUAUGGCUUCAAGAAGUAUUUCACCAAUGCCUGGUGCUGGCUGGAUUUCCUCAUUGUAGAUGUGUCUUUGGUAAACCUCUUUGGCAGUACCUUUGGCCCCAUGAAAUCCCUGAGGACUCUGAGAGCUCUGAGACCCUUGAGAGCACUGUCACGGUUUGAGGGAAUGAGGGUUGUGGUCAACGCUCUCCUGGGAGCCAUCCCUUCCAUCAUGAAUGUUCUGCUCGUCUGCCUCAUCUUCUGGCUCAUCUUCAGCAUCAUGGGAGUGAACCUCUUUGCUGGGAAGUUUGGGAAAUGUGUCAACAUGACAGAUGAAAAUUCCGAAAUAAGUACCGACGUCAAGAACAAAACAGACUGUGAGACGUAUAACACCACUGGAAAAAUAUUCUGGGUCAACGUUAAAGUCAAUUUUGAUAAUGUUGGCUCUGGCUACCUGGCUCUUCUUCAGGUGGCAACAUUUAAGGGUUGGAUGGACAUCAUGUAUGCAGCAGUAGAUUCACGAGAGAAAGAUGAUCAGCCAGACAUGGAGAGCAAUCUGUAUAUGUAUCUUUACUUUGUGAUCUUCAUCAUCUUUGGAUCGUUUUUCACCCUGAACCUCUUUGUUGGUGUGAUCAUUGACAACUUCAACCAGCAGAAGAAAAAGAUAAGUGGGGAAGAUAUCUUUAUGACAGAAGAACAGAAAAAAUACUACAAUGCAAUGAAAAAGUUGGGAUCCAAGAAACCUCAAAAACCCAUUCCAAGACCCUUGAACAGAUACCAAGGUUUCCUUUUCAACAUUGUAACAUCCCAAAUGUUUGAUGUUGUCAUCAUGGGUCUCAUCUGUCUCAACAUGGUCACGAUGAUGGUGGAAACCUAUGAGCAAAGUGAAACAAAGACAAACGUCCUCAGCAAAAUCAAUAUACUCUUUGUUACCAUCUUCACUGCAGAAUGUGUGCUGAAAUUGCUGGCUCUGAGGCAGUACUAUUUCUCAAAUGCCUGGAACAUAUUUGAUUUAGUUGUUGUUAUUAUGUCACUUGUUGCCUUACUGCUUUCCAGCAUUGGCAAAGCCUUUGAACAUUUUUUACCACCCACACUCUUCAGAGUCAUUCGUUUGGCUCGGAUUGGCCGGAUCCUGAGACUCAUCCGAGGAGCCAAAGGAAUUCGAACUCUGCUCUUUGCCUUAAUGAUGUCCCUACCUGCCCUGUUCAACAUUGGCCUCUUGCUGUUCCUGGUCAUGUUCAUUUAUGCCAUUUUUGGCAUGGCUAACUUUGCCUAUGUGAAGAUGGAAGGUGGCAUUGACGAUAUGUUCAACUUCCAAACCUUUGCUAACAGCAUGCUCUGUCUCUUCCAAAUCACCACGUCAGCUGGCUGGGAUGGUCUUCUCAGUCCUAUUUUAAACACUGGGCCACCAUUCUGUGAUCCAAACAUAAAUGGUACCAUAGGUGAAUGUGGUAAACCUGCCAUAGGUAUUAUUUAUUUUGUUAGUUACAUCAUUAUAUCAUUUCUCAUUGUUGUAAACAUGUAUAUAGCCGUUAUUCUGGAGAACUUCAAUGCUGCCACUGAGGAAAGUGCAGAGCCUUUAGGGGAAGAUGACUUUGAUAUCUUUUAUGAAAUCUGGGAGAAGUUUGAUCCUGAGGCAACUCAGUUCAUCACUGUCUCUGCACUUUCAGACUUUGCAGAUGCUCUGCCCCAGCCUCUGUGCGUACCAAAACCAAACAAAGCUGAACUCACAGCAAUGGACCUGCCUGUGGUCAGCGGGGACAAGAUACACUGCUUGGAUAUCUUGUUUGCUUUCACCAAGAGGGUGUUGGGAGAUUCUGGAGACCUGGAUAGUCUGAAAGUACAGAUGGAGGAGAAAUUCAUGGCCGCCAAUCCGUCCAAACAAUCCUACGAGCCAAUAUCGACGACGCUCAGCCACCGGCAGGAGGAAGCGUCGGCCACGGUGAUCCAGCGUGCCUACAGGAGCCACCUGCUGCAGCGCUCCCUCAGACAGGCCUCCUACCUGUACCAGCACAGAACUCACAGCUCUGACACCCUGGGACAUGCUGCUCCUGAAAAGGAAGGACUCAUUGCAUCUAUGCUGAGUGCAAAUUAUGGUAGGAGUCCUGUCAGGUCUGAAACUUCGUCCUCGGUGUCCAUCCCCCCGUCGUAUGACAGUGUCACAAGAGAGAGUAGUGGCAGUCUCAUGGUUGAGAAUGGAGAAAUGAUGGGCAGUCAUCAAUCUCCAGACAUUAAGUAG